CAGAGGGAACAUGACAGGCUGUUGAAUGGGACAGUCCUCCGGGUAUAUAAUGACAAGCACACCCAUUUUAGACUCCUUUAGCUGUGACGAAGAUGAGUUACGGAUCAGACAACUACAUGUCCUCAUCCUAUAGAAAGAUAUUUGGGGAAACCCCUCGUUUCACCGGUUCCACCUCUAGGAUGAGCAAUGUCUCCUCACGGAGCUCCAUGUCUUCCAGCGGCUUCAGGUCCCACUCUCUCUCCCGCAGCAGUGCCUCUCCAGCGGGCUACUACAAAAGAUCGGGACGGUCAUCUUCCUUUUCACCGGUGCAUUUCGACAGCGUGGAUUUCUCUCAAACAGCUGUGUUAAACAACGAGUUUAAAAUCGUCCGAACCAAUGAAAAGGAACAACUGCAGGGCCUCAAUGACCGUUUCGCGAUGUUUAUCGAGAAGGUGCGCAAUCUGGAGCAGCACAAUCAAGUGCUGGAGACCGAACUCGUGAGUCUGCGCCAGAGGCAGAACGAGCCGUCCAGACUCGCUGACCUCUGUCAGCGAGAGAUCCGGGAUCUGCGAGCCCAGGUGGACGAGUUGAACAAUGAAAAAUCUCACAUUCUCAUUGAACGAGAUAAUAUCGACGAAGACUCGCAGAAACUUCGAGGCAAGUUUGAGGAUGAGAUCCGAGCGCGCGAGGAGGCAGAGCUGACGCUCAGAUCCUACAAGAAAGAUGUGGAUGAUGCCACAAUGGUGCGCGUGGACCUGGAGAGAAAGGUCGAGUUCCUCUUGGACGAGAUCAAUUUUAUGAGGAAAGUGCAUGAUGAAGAGGUGGCGGAGUUGACUAGUAUGAUCCAGGCAGCCCAGAUAUCUGUGGAAGUAGAGUUAUCCAAGCCGGAUCUGACCUCGGCCCUCAAAGAGAUCCGUGGGCAGUAUGAAACCCUCGCGUCUAAGAACCUUCAGUCUGCCGAGGAAUGGUACAAAUCAAAGUUCACCAGCCUCAAUGAACAGGCCACUAGAACCAACGAGGCCAUGAGAGCCGCAAGAGAGGAGAUCAACGACUACAGGCGACAACUACAGUCCAGAACCAUUGAAAUCGAAACCUUGCGAGGCACAAAUGAGUCACUUGAACGACAGAUCCGCGAGAUGGAAGAUGCACACAAUGCCGAGGUCGCAGAUUAUCAGGAAACAAUUGGGCAGCUGGACCUUGAUCUUAGAAAUACUAAGAGUGAAAUGGCCCGUCACCUCCGGGAGUAUCAGGAUCUUCUGAACGUCAAGAUGGCAUUAGACAUUGAAAUUGCAGCAUACAGAAAGCUAUUGGAGGGUGAAGAAACCCACUUCAGUUCUGGGGUGACUUUCUCCAGCACACCCAGCAUCACUUCUGGGUAUCAGAGCCGCUCCGCUUUCACCUCAACCCGCAAUCCUAAAAAAGAGAAAGAAGAAGAGGGACAUGGCAAAUCCAAGGCAGGAGCCAAGCUGGAGGAGAACCCGGAGGAAACCGCUGUGAUUAAGAAGGCAGAAAAGAGCGAUACUGUUGAUGUUAACUCUAACUAGAAUGUUACGGUUAUUAAACCUAUACUUCUCCAGCUAUUUUCCCAGCAGUCUUUUGAGAGUUUGGCACAGUAAUCACUGCUAGCUAAAAACUGCCACUUGUUGUUUAUAGUAAUUGGUAACACGUUUAAUAUAUUGCAAUGGUGAUAUAAUGUUUCAAAUACCAUAUCUACAAUAUACUGGUUUAAUACUCCGGAACUUAGGCCUCAGAUAUGUCCUGUUUCUUAAUUGUAGAUUCAGAGAGUAUUUUAGUCCUGUUGAUGGUGUUAGGAGUAUAAAUAUGAACUUCAAUAUUAAGGGAUGACUAAGAUAUAGCCAGCAUUACCACUGAUCCAACGAUUAUGGAUAAAUGUACAAUUAUUUAUGAAAGGUUUGUUGGAAAGCACUAUAUUACGAAUAAGGGACCAAACCACUUAACUAACUGUUACACAUGUAUAUGCCUUA